UACUCCACUCAGCAAAGAUGGCGAGCGGGGGCCCGUCCACGGCGUCACUGUGGACAGAAGUGAACCGCUGCGGACAGAACGGGGACUACACGAGAGCCUUGAAAGCUCUAACAAAAAUUUUGCAAGAAAACAGGGAGGAUGUCACGGCCCUUCACUGUAAAAUUGUGUGCCUUAUCCAGAAUGGCACCUUUAAGGAGGCUUUAAAUUUCAUGAACAUACACAACAAGGUCCUCGGAAGUGAGCUUGUGUUCGAGAAAGCAUAUUGCGAGUACCGGCUGAACAGAGUAGAGAGCUCGCUGAAGACCAUCGAAAGUGCUCCCGAGCAGACGGACAAGCUAAAGGAGCUCUACGGUCAAGUGUUGUACAGACUGGAGCGCUAUGAUGAGUGCAAGUCUGUCUACACGGAUCUGAUCAGGAACUCUCAGGACGAGUAUGAAGAGGAGCGCAAGACCAACCUUGGGGCUGUUAUGGCCGCCAUGAGCCAGUGGGAGAAGGGGCCGGUGGAAGAUUUAGGCCUUCCCCAAUCGACGUACGAGCUGUGCUACAAUGCCGCCUGCAUGCUGAUUGGCCAGGGUCAGCUGACUGCAGCCUAUAAAAAGCUUCAACAAGCUGAAGACCUUUGCCGGCUGUCAAUGGCUGACGAUUCAGACAUAACCGAAGAGGACAUAGAGUCGGAGCUGGCCGUCAUCCAUUCUCAGAUGGCUUACGUGAUGCAGUUGCAAGGUCGAACGGACGAGGCGCUCCAGCUCAACAAUCAGGUCAUCAAGCUCAAGCCUUCAGAUGUGGGCCUGCUGGCUGUGACUGCCAACAACAUCAUUACAAUAAACAAGGACCAAAACGUUUUUGACUCCAAGAAGAAGGUGAAGCUGACAAACGCUGAAGGGGUGGAACAUAAGCUGGCCAAAAAUCAGCUACGGGCCAUCGAAUUCAACAAAGCUUUGCUGGCCAUGUACACUAACCAGGCAGACCAGUGCAGAAAGCUGUCCUCCAGUCUUCAGUCUCAGAACCCGGGUCACCCGCGACCUGUCCUGAUCCAGGUGGCUCAACUGUGCAGGGAGAAGCAGUACAGCAAAGCCAUCGAGUUGCUCCAGCAAUUUUCAGAUAAGCAUCCGGAGAGCGCUUCGAGCAUCAAACUGACGAUGGCACAGCUCCAUUUAGUUCAAGGUCAUGUCACAAAAGGCUGUGAUGUUCUAAGGUCCAUUGAAGAGUUCAAGCAUAAAGCAGGCAUGGUGUCUGCUCUGGUGUCCAUGUACUCGCACGAAGAAGACAUUGAUGGUGCCAUUGACGUUUUUAGACAAGCUAUUCAGCACUAUCAGUCGGAACAGCCAGGAGCCGCGGCUCACCUGGCUCUGGUGCGAGAAGCUGCCAAUUUCAAACUGAAGUACGGGCGGAAAAAGGAAGCCAUUAGUGAUCUGGAGCAGCUAUGGAAGCAAAACCCAAAGGAUAUUCACACGCUGGCGCAGCUCAUCUCCGCCUACUCUCUUGUGGACACAGACAAAGCCAAAUCCCUAAGCAAGCACCUCCCUUCAGCUGACACCAUGUCUUUCAAAGUAGAUGUUGAUGAGCUGGAGAACUCGCACGGAGCCACAUACGUCCGGAAGAAGGCAGCCAAAGUUGUGGGAGAAAAUCUUCCUAAAGAAGAAGGAAACGGAGAUAUCAAAAAGAAGAAGAAGAAAAAAAAAGGUAAACUUCCGAAGAAUUGUGACCCCAAAGCCACCCCGGACCCUGAGAGAUGGCUACCCAUGAGGGAACGCUCAUACUACCGAGGCAAAAAGAAAGGGAAGAAGAAGGAGCAGAUCGGAAAGGGCACGCAGGGGGCCACGGCAGGGGCCUCGUCAGACCUGGAUGCCAGCAAGACCGCAAGCAGCCCACCGACGUCCCCUCGACCAGGUUCGGCGUCCGGCUCGGCCUCCACUAACGCGGUCCCUCCGCGACAGCAGAAACCUGCGUCGUCCGGAGCCAUACGCAAGAAGGCACCGCAGAAGAAGAAAAAGGGUGGCAAAGGAGGCUGGUAGCUUCGGAAGAAAGGAACAUUCAAAAAGAUUUUUGCCCCUUCAUUUUGGGUCCUGUUUUUUUCCCCUCCAUUUUCCCUCUGCUUUGUCUUACUUUUACCGUACAGGAAACGGCACAAAAUGGACUCAAAGGCAGUUCUUCUGAAAUGAGAGUGGAUGUCUUCAUGAGCAUUCAUUCUGUUCUGGUCUUGUGACCUUUACAAGACAAACUGUUCAAUUGAAUUAAAAAGUACAAAAUGAA